UCCGCAAAACAUUGUUUGUUUGAUCGAGAUCCCGCAAUCUGAAUUCGAAGACAGAGUGUUGAAUCGUCACAUCUGCUCCUCCUUCCAAGCGUAUUUGUGGACGUUGGAGCCACACCGGACUUAGGGUUGCAACUCUGUGAGCUCCUUUGAUUCCUGAGUGGGUGAGCCUGUUCACUGAAGGGCUCGUUAGGAUUAGAGAUCGUGGGUUUCAAGGUUUCAGAAUCUCCAGUCAGUUUAUCGAGCUUCGGACUGUGAACUUCAGGCUGAAGACAUCCUCGAAUUUUGCUGUUGAUUGGGAGAGAUUUCUGGCUGGACCGUGAAGUUGAUGUGAUAAUGCAGAACACACCCUAAGGUCUUUCGAGAUGCUUUCGAUGUUUUAGUGUUCUUUAGGUAUCAAAAAUUUCUUGUAGGCCCUAAGAGUUUCAGGAGGUGCAACCAUGGCCACUGCACCUGCGCAUGUAGCAGGCCCUACUUUCAGCUUGAAAUCUACGCUUGCAUUCUCCUCGUUUGACUCGAGGCGGAUAAACUCGAAAGGAUUGUCUGCGCACGCAUCUUUGCGCAUUCAUCCUAGUGGAAGAGUGAGGGCGGUGUCAGAAGGAGAACCCUCUGGCUCUAAGGAGAGUAUCAGCAGACCUGUAAUAAGGCGUAAGAAGAGCUCUCCAUCUCCCGGAAAUUCAGCACCUGUUUCAGAGGAUAUUCGGACGCAAUUAGAGACGGUGUUGGUAGAGGACGAGCGCGUGAACUUGGAGGGUGUUGGUAGGGUGGACCGUGAAUCAUCGUCACCGAGCUUUGAUUGGGGGCGGGCAGGAAUACUUGUUGCUGGUGAUUUGGUGGCACUUAUCACCUUUGCUGUCAUUGGUAGAUAUAGCCAUGGUCUCACCGGCUUGAAUUGGGAUGUCAUACAGACGGCUGAUCCUUUCAUUGCAGGGUGGCUUCUGGGGUCUUUUUUCCUGGGAGGCUAUGGCCCUGACGGUCAAGGUAUGAAUGGCGUAUCUGGCGCCGCCACUGCUGCUAUCAAGUCCUGGGCUGUGGGAGUCCCUCUUGGGCUUGUUAUCAGAACCAUAGUGACAUCUCACGUGCCGGCACAAGCUUUUAUCCUCGUUUCCUUGGGAAGCUUGUUCGUUCUUAUGGUUGGUUGGCGUAUCGCAUAUGUAUACGUCUUCGCUAGCGGUGAAAAAGCUGUACCCACGAAGGCGAAUCGUCGGGGUGGUGUAUUUGAGUUUUUUGAGCUCCUGACGUCGCUAGUGAGAAGAUGGUAAGGCUUCGGAGGCCUUCGAUGGUGGCGGCAUCUAUUUGAGUAUUUGAGAAGAACUAAGCCCAUCUUAUCUCUGGAACAUCUGGAGAUGAUCUGCUUAUACCCGGAGUUAGUCUUGCUGGUGUGGGCAUCCAUGACUUUCCUACUUAUUUGAGUAGGCUAAUUUUUGCACGACUCAAACGGCUGCAGCACGCCAACGAUGAAAAUGUGAAUUGAAGAGCAACGCAGGCAUCAAGGUCGUAGCUGAAAAAUUGGUUGGUCAUUUUUUGUAACCAUUUUAAGUAAAUUUCUAAUGUAGAACUUUUCUGAAGUUGGUCAAAGUGAUCCAUUUAAGACUGAAACUUAGCCGUGAUAGGAUAGUGUAGUAGACGCUACUGAGAGAAUGGCAAAGUUUCGGAGGACUUCGACUGAAAGUACGUCUGGUACGUCUGGUUGCAUGCCUCGGCCAGCUUUCUUUGAAUAUCAAAGAGAUUGAAUUGGGCAUGUGUUGCUGAAUUUGCACUGUAUUGAAAAUUAGAGUUCUUAUUUUAUUUUAUUUUCAUAACAAAUUUGUGCAGCCAUUUAUAAUCGCUGAGAUGGAAAAGGACAUGGAACACA